UGGGCGCCAGGAGCGCUCCAGUCUGGCGGGGCACAGCGCGGGGAGCGGGCGGCCGGGGCUCCGCGCGGCCGGGGGCGUCCGCCAGGGGGCGCGCCGCGACGGGGCGGGAGAAGCAGCCUGGUCUGGGGAAUUAGCACCAAGGACGGGCGCGCGCGCAGGUCCCCAGCACAUCUGGGCGAGAGCGGCGCCGCUGGAGCCGAGGGGGGCGCCGAGCGCAGGUCUGGAGCCGCGGAGCCACGGCGCAGCCGGGGCCCUUCGAGGCGCUCGGGACGCACAUCUGGGACCUCGAGUGGGGGCCGCGCCGCGAGCAGCUGGACCAGGGGAGGGGGGCGGCGGCAGCACAGCUGGACCGAAGGGGGCGGGGUCGGCCCUGGGCGACCGGCUGAGGGGAGGGCCGCGGGCCGCCGGGGACUGGAGCAUGGGACGGCGCUCCUGAAGGAGCAGGAAGGGGACGAAGAGGCCUGGGACCCCGAAAGGAGAAGCGGAGAGCGAGAGGACGAGAGCGGAGGAGGAGGAUGCAACUGACUCGCUGCUGCUUCGUGUUCCUGGUGCAGGGCAGCCUCUAUCUGGUCAUCUGUGGCCAGGAUGACGGUCCUCCCGGCUCAGAGGACCCUGAGCGUGAUGACCACGAGGGCCAGCCCCGGCCCCGGGUGCCUCGGAAGCGGGGCCACAUCUCACCUAAGUCCCGACCCAUGGCCAAUUCCACUCUCCUAGGGCUGCUGGCCCCACCUGGGGAGGCUUGGGGCAUUCUUGGGCAGCCCCCCAAUCGCCCAAACCACAGCCCGCCACCCUCAGCCAAAGUGAAGAAAAUCUUUGGCUGGGGCGACUUCUACUCCAACAUCAAGACGGUGGCCCUGAACCUGCUCGUCACAGGGAAGAUUGUGGACCAUGGCAACGGGACCUUCAGCGUCCACUUCCGCCACAAUGCCACAGGCCAGGGCAACAUCUCCAUCAGCCUUGUGCCCCCCAGCAAAGCUGUAGAGUUCCACCAGGAACAGCAGAUCUUCAUCGAAGCCAAGGCCUCCAAAAUUUUCAACUGCCGGAUGGAGUGGGAGAAGGUAGAACGGGGCCGCCGGACCUCGCUCUGCACCCACGACCCAGCCAAGAUCUGCUCCCGAGACCACGCUCAGAGCUCAGCCACCUGGAGCUGCUCCCAGCCCUUCAAAGUCGUCUGUGUCUACAUUGCCUUCUACAGCACGGACUAUCGGUUGGUCCAGAAGGUGUGCCCAGAUUACAACUACCAUAGUGAUACCCCCUACUACCCGUCUGGGUGACCCGGGGCAGGCCACAGGCCAGGCCAGGGCUGGAAGGACAGGCUGCCCAUGCAGGAGACCAUCUGGACACCGGCCAGGGAAGGGGUUGAGCCUCAGGCAGGGAGGGGGGUGGAGAGGAGGAGAUGCCAGGUGGGGCCAGGGCCAAGUCUCAAGUGGCAGAGAAAGGGCCCCAAGUGCUGGCCCCAACCUGAGGCUGUGGAGCGACUAGAUCACAGGAGCACUGGAGGAGCGGGCUCUCUGUAGCUUCACAGGGCCUUGCCACGGAGCCACAGAGAGAUGCUGGGCCCGGAGGUCCGCGGGCAGGCCAGUCAGUGUGGCCCCAGAUCAAGUCAUGGGAGGAAGCUAAGCCCUUGGUUCUUGCCAUCCUGAGGAAGGACACUGACAGGGAGGGGGAAUUUCAUCAGUGUGGACAGCUUGUCAACUUAGGAUGGAUGGCUGAGUCAGCCGGGUAGGGUAGGGCCAGAGGAGCUCCCCAGCCCCGCCUAGUGGGCAGCCCUGAGCCCCUUGUCCUGUGCUGAGCAAGGCAUGAGGCUGAAGUGGUGACCCUGGGGUCUUUGAUGUCUUGACAGAUUGACUAUCUGUCUCCAGCCAGGCCACCCCUUUCCAAAAUUUCCUCUCCUGCCAGCACUGCCCCUCUACCACCCAUUGCUAUAGCACAUCCAUCCUUAAGCCGAGACAGGAUGAUUGUGGUCUUCCCCGCACCAAGGUCACAGCCCGUCCACAUGAUGUGUCCCUCUUCCAGGACCUCACCCCCUGCUGGCUCCUCUGUGAGCGUCCCUGUCCCGGAGAGUGGUCCCUCAACAGUUAUCCUCACCUGUCAGACCAGGGUUCUCCCAGAUCUGGAUGGCACCGCCCUCUCAGCUGUGGGUACGGGUGGGGCGGGGCCAGGCCGCAGAGCAUGUGCUGGAUCUGUUCUGUGUGUCUGUCUGUGUGUGGGGGGAGGGGAGGGAAGUCUUGUGAAACUACGGAUUGCUGACUUUUGUGUGCAGAAUCGUGUUCUUGGAGCAGGAAAUAAAGCUUGCCCUGGGGUUCUGCA